AAGUCUUAAUCAAGAGGACUGACAAAGAGGAAACGUCAAAAAAAAUCUAUCAAGUAUGCAUUCAAGGUAAAAAUUACAAACGAAAUAAUAAUGUUUGAUACUAAUUAAAUGGUGUAUUUUGGUAUCAAAUGUUGAGUGAUAAAUGCGGGACCAAUGUUUUACUAGUCUUAGUGGAAACAAAUGGGUCUCUUGCAUAGCAAGGCAGCUUGUCUGAAAAGAAAAAUUGACGAGUCUACUAGUAAUUCAAGUUUAUCUAAUUUACGCUAUAUACUUAACGCUGAUAAGCCAAAAUGGAAUCCUUUUUGGAAAAGAAAGAUAUCGCCAGUUCAAACGUUUUCAGCUACGUCUCGUAAGCUAUUGAAGGGCUGUGUUUGUGGUAACAUGAGACCGUGCAAGCAAAAAAUAACACCAAAAGGAGUCAUUAUGCAUUACCCUAAAAAGAAAAAAGCUUUUACCAACUUUAGACGAAAAAAGGAAUUAGCAUCCGAAAAACGCGGUCGCAAUAUAAAGUGCCACAGCGUUGGGAUGCCCUAUAGGAUUAUUCAACUUAUUUCAUCAGCUGCCUUGUAUACAAAAUAAAGUUGAGUACAUCACACAUAAGAAAUUUCCUGCUUGGUAAAUAGACGAGAAUUAGUAAGUGUUUCAUCAUUCCUGUGCUGAAGAUGUAAUGUUUAACAGUUUCAAACUCAAAAAUAAAUAUGCACCUACAAUUGAA